GAGCGCUGAAGGAGAAGCACCAUCAGCCGGCUGCACGCUCGCAGCACCUCGCAUGACAAACAAACACUCGGCUGCACAUCGACCUUUGAGCUUGCCACUGCAGGACAUAGAUCAUCAGCCAAGGUCGCCUGCCAGCAGCUAUGCGGCUACGGUCCAAACUGCUCUCCAAGGGAGGACUGCUGCUGCCCACCAUCAGAGAGGGCACCGAGGAGACGCUGAGGGAACUGAAUGAGACCAACACGCCGCAUGCUGUUGAUCAAGUCUCCUCCGAUGACUACCUCCUUUCCAUCUGCCACCUGGCGCACCCCACCUUCCCCACCGGCGAUGUUUCACCCCGCAACCAGCGCUCGCACGCUUUGUCACGCCUCAGCGGGACUAAAUCCUCUGAACGUACGCACAAUGGAGCGGACCCUCUGGAGUAUCUCUACGGACACCAGUCAGGAAGCGGGGCGGAAAGCUUUCAAAGGCAACGCGGUGUUGAGCGGGAGAGGCCCAGAGCCCGCAGCAUCCCCCACACCGCAAGCCCGGGUCUCCCACGGCAACGCACCAGCAGCUGCCCGGAGCUACAGACAGACAUCAACCUCUGCACCGUAACGAGCAUCUCACCUGAACACAACAGGCCCAGAUUGGCGGCCCGGUUGGGAAGUGUGUCAGACGACAAAGGGGGACUGAGCCCCGUGAAGAGGCGAUCUGUGGUCUCGCAGUGGAUCUCUGACUGCAGGUCCGCUUGGAGGGAGGGACGCAUUGGAGCCUGCAUGCUCCCCGCUAUCACUGAGAUAUAGAACGUCUCGUGUUUCACCAAGUGGUACAGCUCAGGAUGGUGACACGGUAUAGACUGACAAUGAGUUCAACAACAAGGCGAUGGGGUGCCAAAAUAGUGGUACUGAUUAAGUAUGUUGGUCCCCCUUUUACAAAGCCCGUUUCCAUAUGAGUUGGGAAAUUGUGUUAGAUGUAAAUAUAAACGGAAUACAAUGAUUUGCAAA